AGGAACGAUUGAGUGUUUCUAAACCUGAUCGACUUUAGCCCCAGACCAGACGUCUCGGCUGCCUCUCUACGAAUGCGGGGGUGGAUCUGAUCCCAGGCAAAUGUUAGCCGAGAACAUGACCAGAGGCUGUGGCACCACUCGAACGACCCCAGCCAGCUUGUGAUUGUGAUGAGUCCAUAUACUUAAACCGCACCAACUUCUCUUGCAUCGUUCAUGUCGUGCAACAAUAUCACCGCAAGCCGAAUCCUUCUCCUCCCGCGACAGAAACCAGAAUCCAUCAUCGCCUGACCCUCUUACCUCGACUCACCCUCGAAAAGCCCGAAUCAAACCACACCCCCUCCCCAGAGCUCAAACUAAAACACCGCGCGCAGCCGCAAUGAACAGCAUCAAAGGCAAAGUCAUCGCCCUCACCGGCGCCGCCUCGGGCAUCGGCCGCGCAACCGCCGUCCAACUCGCCUCCCUGGGCGCCCGCCUCUCCCUCGCCGACGCCAACGCCAAGCUCCUCUCCGAAGUGGAAGCCGAGCUGACCGCCGCCCACGGCGCCGCCAACAUCCACGCGCAGGCGGUCGACGUGCGGGACUCGGCGGCCGUGAACGCCUGGAUCGACGCCGCUGUCGCCAAGUUCGGCCCGCUCGACGGCGCGGCCAACGCGGCCGGCGUGCUGGGGACGCAGCAGAACGUGGCCACCAUGGCGGAGAUCGACGACCAGGACUGGGAGUUCGUCAUGGGCGUCAACGCGGGGGGUGUGAUGAAGUGCAUGAGGGCCCAGAUCCCCAAGCUCCGCGACGGGGGGUCCAUUGUUAAUGUGGCCUCGGUGGCGGGCUUGGUUGGCUUGCCCCACGCUGCGGCCUACCAUGCCAGCAAGCAUGCCGUGUGCGGUCUGACCAAGGUUGCUGCGAAGGAGUUUGGGGCGAGGAACCUGAGAGUGAAUGCCGUUGCUCCCGGUCCGAUUGAGACACCUCUGCUGCGGGAUGCCCUGGGUAGACUGGAUGCGAACGCGACGCCCAACUUCAGCACGCCGAUUCAGAGGGCUGGCACAGCAGACGAAGUUGCAUCCCUCAUCAUAUUCCUGUUGACGGAUGAGAGCCGGUACAUUUCGGGUUCGGUCUUCCCGAUCGACGGCGGCAUGACGUGCUAGUGUAGGGGGGGGAAGGCGACGAGGAUGAAGAUCAAGCGUCUUUAGGGACAAUAGGCCUUGACCUCCGCUGGGGAGACAUGACAGGACUAGCGUCGGCGAGAGACGAUGUUGUUAAAGGAACUUGUCCAGUCUAAAGGUCGGCGUCUUGUGUGUUGAGAAUGCAUAUAUCAAUAUGCUGUGGUAGCGAAUCGAUUCGAACCCGCCAUCCGGGUUAUCACUCGACUCAACCGGUACGGUUUGCUUGGCGCACUCGCUGUAC